CCAAGGGCAGUGACUCCUUUGCCCUCCUCCAUCCUGAGCAGCCUUCCUGGGAAGAUGCCACCAGUCCUGAUUCUCCUGGCCCUACUUCUGCCUCUCAGAGCUGGAGCAGAGGAGAUCAUUGGGGGCCAUGAGGUCAAGCCCCACUCCCGCCCUUACAUGGCACGUGUGAAGUUUGUGAAAGAUGAUGGAACAAGACACGCCUGCGGAGGCUUCCUGAUUCGAGACUUCUUUGUGCUGACAGCUGCUCACUGCAGUGGAAGGUCAAUGAAAGUCACACUGGGGGCCCACAACAUCAAGGCUAAGGAGGAGACAAAGCAGAUCAUCCCUGUGGCAAAAGCCAUUCCCCACCCAGCUUAUAAUAAGGACAACACCAGUGACAUCAUGCUAUUAAAGCUGGAGAGUAAGGCCAAGAGAACNAAAGCUGUGAGGCCCCUCAAGUUGCCCNGGAANAAUGCNCNGGUNAAGCCAGGGGAUGUGUGCAGUGUGGCUGGCUGGGGGAGAACAUCCAUCAAUGCCACUAAAGGAUCUGCCCGCUUACAAGAGGCUGAACUGAUCAUCCAGAAGGAUGAGGAAUGCAAAAAGUAUUUCAGUAGCUAUUCUAAGACCACGGAGAUUUGUGCUGGAGACCCAAAGAAAAUACAGGCUGCUUCCAAGGGUGACUCUGGGGGACCCCUUGUGUGUAACAACAAAGCUUACGGAGUUUUAGCCUAUGGAAAAAACGGGACAAUCUCUUCAAGAGUCUUCACUAAGGUUGUGCACUUCCUGCCGUGGAUAAGCAGGAACAUGAAGCAGCUCUAACACGUGUUAAACCACCAGUGCCCGACUAGCUUGUCCGACCUCAGGCAAGAACCACGUGGAGUGGGUAGAAUGAAAAUUCAUAAUAAAUAACCUCCAGAGUGCAUAGA